GCGCCCCUGAUAAUUGCUCGCCCAGUUCGUAUCCAACGCCCUCCUUUUCUUUGAGCCCUUCUUCCGCAAGCAGUGCACAUCAGAAUGGGGCAUCACGAAACUCAUGGUAUCUGUACCAUUCUCUCCCUACUGCUAGUGUGGAGUACCCUCGUAUCUGCCGGAGACGAUGGCCUGGUCCGUAUUGCUUUGAAGAAGAGGCCGGCAAUGGAAGACAUCUAUAACACACCAGUGCCAAAGAGUACAAGGGAGAACAGCGGGGCAGGGAGUAAGGUUCAUCCGGUGAGGGAGGCAGUUAACCAAGUUCGCGCCCAGGCACAAAGGAUAUUCACAGAGGCUGCGGCCAUGGAACAGCGGCUCAAGCGCCGUUGGAGUCACAGAGGGAUCGGAGGAAACAGACGUGUGCGCGAAGGUUACCAGGCCGUCGUCCCGCUCAAGAACUACGUGAACGCUCAAUAUUUUGGGCAGAUUGGAGUUGGCUCCCCGCCACAGAAUUUCACGGUGGUCUUUGACACGGGGAGCGCCAACCUCUGGGUACCUUCCGCCGAGUGCUUCUUCUCGCUUGCUUGCUACUUCCAUCCCAAGUAUGUAUCAAGACGGUCCAGCACCUACAAGGAGAACGGAACACCUGCUUCCAUUCAUUAUGAAAAAGGAGCAAAUUUUGGAUUUUACAGUCAAGAUCAAGUAACUAUUGGAAAUCUAGUUGUAAACAAUCAGGAAUUCAUUGAAGCUACUUACGAGCCUGGCUUUACAUUUUUAGCAGCAAAAUUCGAUGGCAUCCUUGGACUUGGAUUCAAGGAAAUUUCGGUUGAAGGCUCAGUUCCAGUCUGGUACAAUAUGGUUGCACAAGGCCUUGUGAACCAACAUGUUUUCUCCCUUUGGUUAAAUCGAAAUGCAAACAAUGGGGAUGGAGGUGAAAUUGUUUUCGGAGGUAGUGACCCCAAACAUUACAAAGGCAGCCAUACAUACACCCGAGUAACCCGGAAAGCAUACUGGCAGUUUGAAAUGGGAGACUUUCUUAUUGGUGGGAAGAGCACUGGAAUUUGUGUGGAUGGAUGUGCAGCAAUAGCAGACUCCGGAACUUCAUUGAUUGCUGGUCCAAUAGGUGUCAUUGCCCAGAUCAAUGAGCGAAUUGGAGCCACUGGAGUGGCUAACGAAGAGUGCAAACAAGUCGUUUCUGGAUAUGGGCAAGAAAUGAUCGAGUUGCUAAAAUCUGAGACACCACCCACACAAGUGUGUUCGAAGAUUGGGCUCUGCGCAUUUGAUGGAACUAGUGGAGUAAGUGCUGGUAUUAAGAGGGUAACGGGAGAGGGACAAACAACAUCUUUAGAUAGCAUGUUUGACGCUACAUGCAAUGCGUGCGAGAUGGCGAUGACGUGGACGCAAAGCGAAUUCGUUCAAAAUCAUACCAAGGAGGGCAUGUUGGAGUAUGCGAUCGGCUCUGCCACAGUAUGCCUAGUCCCGUGGGCUCAUAUGUGGACUGUAGACAUAUUGAUUCCUUACAAAGUGUCUCAUUCAGUAUAGGUGGAAGGAUAUUUGAGCUCCAACCAGAACAGGUAUACUGUUUCCAUUCAUUCAAUACAGUAACACACUUAUGACCUUUAUAAGAAUGUGCGAUAAGUAGGCUAGAUACAACAAAUUGACCGCUUUCAUGGGUGUGUUGUAUUCAUUUCGAACAAGUUACCAUCUUUUAUCUGUUAGCAUAAAUUCUGGCAUGUCUGUAAAAUGAGUUAGUAUUUUCUGAUACUCAGUGGGUUUUUAAACACGGGUGGCUCUUGUAAUAUACGAGUAGUUUGCACUUGCAAGACAGAGAUACUUAAAACCGUGACAAUUUUUCUCUUGACACUAGUUUGCUACUUUUAAGUCUCAGAGAAAUCCUACUGAAAUGUACCUCACUGUCAAUAUAUUGUUUUAAGGCGACACAAAAGAUUUGUCGCAUUCCAUUAAUUAAAAGAGAGCUUUGGAUGCAAAUAAAACAUUAGUUCUGUAAUACAAUGAUGUUGUAUUCACACAAUUUCAAUCAUCUUUCCGCGCCGAGUAGUACAUUCUUAAGGUUGGCGAUGGAUUCAUGGC